AUGGCCGCCACCUACUGCCUGGGCCGAGCUAUGGCUGCUCUGGUAGGGCUGUUGCUGUUGCUGUUUGGCAGUUUGACUGCUGGUCGGAUCGAGGAUCAAGCAGAGCAGUUCUUUAGAAGUGGCCAUACAAACAACUGGGCUGUUUUGGUGUGUACAUCCCGAUUCUGGUUUAAUUAUCGACAUGUUGCAAAUACUCUUUCUGUGUAUAGAAGUGUCAAGAGACUGGGUAUUCCUGACAGUCACAUUGUUCUAAUGCUUGCAGAUGAUAUGGCAUGUAACCCUAGAAAUCCCAAACCAGCUACAGUGUUUAGUCACAAGAACAUGGAAUUAAAUGUGUAUGGAGAUGAUGUUGAAGUGGAUUAUAGAAGCUAUGAGGUAACUGUGGAGAAUUUUUUGCGGGUAUUAACUGGGAGAAUCCCACCUAGUACUCCUCGGUCAAAACGUCUUCUUUCUGAUGAUAGAAGUAAUAUUCUUAUUUAUAUGACAGGACAUGGUGGAAAUGGUUUCUUGAAAUUUCAAGAUUCUGAAGAAAUUACUAACAUAGAACUUGCAGAUGCUUUUGAGCAAAUGUGGCAGAAAAGACGCUACAAUGAACUGCUGUUUAUUAUUGAUACUUGUCAAGGAGCAUCCAUGUAUGAGCGAUUUUAUUCUCCUAACAUAAUGGCUCUUGCUAGUAGCCAAGUGGGAGAAGACUCACUCUCGCACCAGCCUGAUCCUGCAAUUGGAGUCCAUCUUAUGGAUAGAUACACAUUUUAUGUCUUGGAAUUUUUGGAAGAAAUUAAUCCAGCUAGCCAAAAUAAUAUGAAUGACCUUUUUCAGGUGUGUCCCAAAAGUCUAUGUGUAUCUACUCCUGGACAUCGCACUGAUCUUUUUCAGAGGGAUCCUAAAAAUGUCCUGAUAACUGACUUCUUUGGAAGUGUACGGAAAGUGGAAAUUACAACAGAGACUGUUAGCUUGCAACUGGAUUCAGAAAUCAUGGAAAGCAGAUAUAAGGAAGAGCAGAUGGGUGAGGAACUAAUGGAACCUCUAAAAUAUGCUGAACAACUUCCUGUAGCUCAAAUAAUACACCAGAAACCAAAACCAAAAGACUGGCAUCCUCCUGGAGGUUUUAUUCUGGGAUUAUGGGCGCUCAUUAUCAUGGUUUUCUUCAAAACAUAUGGAAUCAAGCAUAUGAAGUUCAUUUUCUAGACUCAGUGAUUUAUGAAAAAGACUGUUCAAAAGAUUUGAUAAAACUCUGUGUCAUUAUGUGUGUUUUUAUGUAUUGCCCUUGUGUGGAUUGGCAAAAAGUAUAAGGAAACUAUAAAUUUGGAUAGACUGUUGAUUUU